AUGAGUAACGAACCACUUAGCGAAGGAGAACUUACCAAAAAAUACCUCAAACGAGCAGAAUUAUUAAAAGCCUUAGGAAUAAAUAUUUUAAAAGGUCAUCCAAACUCUCUCGCAAGUAAUAUCACAAUACUGAAACUAGAGAAUUGUCAUAAAUGUAAUGAAGAAAUUUUGUUAAAUCCACCCAAAGCAUUUAUCACACUCGUGUAUAAUGAAGGAACAGCAUCAACUGAAGUUCAAGACGUAGAUAUGUCAGAGGCAGUAGAAGAUGAAGGUGAAGAAACCUCUAAUCUAAUGGGGGUGGUAAGUAAGUUAUCCAUAGAUGGUGAAGAAAUAAGAUGCUGGUAUCUGUUUGCUAAAAAAUUUGAAGAAAGAGUUAAAGAAAUAAAAAAUGAUAACAGUAGGUACAAUGAUCAACAAGCUAGAGGGUUAAUAUAUGGCGAAGUCACAACCAAUCUUCCGGGAUUUACAAGAGAUAGUUUGCGUAAAAAAACUGCAAAGGCUAGAAAUAUCUACAAGUUGUUUGGAGAAAGUUAUGACCCCGAUACCAAAAAAAUAGUUAAGGGGAUAGGAAUUGAAAAAAUUGAGAGAAUUCGAACAUAUAAAACCUCUGAAAGCAUUCCAUAUGCUAAAUAUUUCGAUUUUUUCCCAUGUGAGAAGUGGGCACUCGAUCAUUAUGUAGCCUUGAUUACUGAUAACUAUAAGUUCGCUGAGAAGAAAGAGGCACAUCGUACUUUUUAUAUUACCUUACAUAAAAUUAAUGAUGAUCUUUGCAUGCCCCAAGAAGUUCGCGACAUUGCUCAAAAUCUUAUAGAGAAUAGUAAGCAAAGCAAGGAAGACGUAGCCACCACCGACGCUCCUACAAAGAAGCAGUGUGUAGUUCCGGAAACAAGUUGGUUCUGCCCUGAUAUGAACGUGCCUUUGCAGGCCAACGGGGGAGUAAACACUCUGGAAAUAAUUAAAUCCGCUGUCCGUGUAUUUGACCAAAAGACGAUAGCCUUAGGCUCUACCCGCUCCUAUAAAUGUUCGAACCAUUUGCAAGUAGAGUCCAAGUGCGAUGAAUGCGUCCCAAGAGAGAGUGUUUACGAUGCAGAGAUGUAUAGAAUCCUGCACAAUUGGCUUGCAAAGGUGCAUGGCUUCGAAAUAACUGGCCAGUGGCAUCUCAAAGGGAUUGGCAGUGAUGGAGACUGGCACCACCUUUUUUGUGACCUGACGAUAAAGAAACCGGACAAUCCCUACCCUGAAGCUGUCCUUGAAGCCGUAGCAACAGGAUCCAUUUCCACACUCAAGAAACAUUUCGAUCGAGUAAUAAAGGAGGAUUCCGUUGUAUCUGACCCAUACUGGCCGAGCGAAAAGCUUCAGGAUAGGGGAUUAAAUGUCAUUCACUUCUGGCAUGAUGAGGGUUUUGAGGACAUACGAAUGAGCGCCAGAUUUCGGGAUGCCACUGGCAAGUUCUGUGAAAUUAUAGACGAGCCAAUCCUUCUAUAG